UCCUCCCCUGAUUUAAACCCAGGUAGCCUGCACUGUAGCUGGUAUCUGCUGUCCCCACUUCGCCUCCCUCCUGCUGCCCCCAAGACAUGCAGGGGCUGUGGGUGCUGCUGCUGCUGGGCCUGAGGCCGCAGCUCUCCCUGGGCAUCAUCCCAGUUGAGGAGGAGAGCCCAGCCUUCUGGAACCGCCAUGCAGCUGACGCCCUGGAUGCUGCCAAGAAGCUGCAGCCCAUCCAGAGGGUCGCCAAGAACCUCAUCCUCUUCCUGGGCGACGGGAUGGGGGUACCCACAGUGACAGCCACCAGGAUCCUAAAGGGGCAGAAGAAUGGCAAACUGGGGCCUGAGACACCCCUGGCCAUGGACCACUUCCCAUACGUGGCUCUGUCCAAGACGUACAAUGUGGACAGACAGGUGCCAGACAGCGCAGGCACAGCCACUGCCUACCUGUGUGGGGUCAAGGCCAAUUACCAGACCAUUGGCUUGAGCGCAGCCGCCCGCUUUAACCAGUGCAACACGACCCACGGCAAUGAGGUUGUCUCAAUGAUGAACCGGGCCAAGAAGGCAGGGAAGUCAGUGGGAGUGGUGACCACCACACGGGUGCAGCACGCCUCGCCAGCCGGUACCUACGCACACACGGUGAACCGCAACUGGUACUCAGAUGCUAACAUGCCUGCCUCGGCCCUCCAGGAGGGCUGCCAGGACAUCGCCACACAGCUCAUCUCCAACAUGGACAUUGACGUGAUCCUGGGCGGAGGCCGAAAGUACAUGUUUCCCACGGGGACCCCAGACCCUGAGUACCCAAGUGAUGCCAGCCAGAAUGGAAUCAGGCUGGACGGGAAGAACCUGGUACAGGAAUGGCUGGCGAAGCACCAGGGUGCCCGGUAUGUGUGGAACCGCACUGAGCUCAUGCAGGCUUCCCUGGACUCCUCUGUGACCCACCUCAUGGGCCUCUUUGAGCCCGGAGACACGAAAUAUGAGAUCAACCGAGACCCCACACGAGACCCCUCCCUGAUGGAGAUGACGGAGGCCGCCCUACGCCUGCUGAGCAGGAACCCCCUCGGCUUCUACCUCUUCGUGGAGGGCGGCCGCAUCGACCAUGGUCAUCAUGAGGGCAUAGCUUAUCAUGCGCUGACGGAGGCAGUCAUGUUUGAUGACACCAUUGAGAGGGCGGGCCAGCUCACCAACGAGGAGGACACGCUGACCCUCGUCACCGCUGACCACUCCCACGUCUUCUCCUUUGGUGGAUACACCUUGCGAGGGAGCUCUGUCUUCGGGCUGGCCCCCAGCAAGGCUCAGGACAGCAAAGCCUACACGUCCAUCCUGUAUGGCAAUGGCCCAGGCUAUGUGCUCAACUCAAGCGUGCGACCAGACGUGAAUGAGAGCGAGAGCGGGAGCCCCGAUUACAAGCAGCAGGCGGCGGUGCCCCUGUCGUCGGAGACCCACGGAGGCGAAGACGUGGCGGUGUUCGCGCGCGGCCCGCAGGCGCACCUGGUGCACGGUGUGCAGGAGCAGACCUUCGUAGCACACGUCAUGGCCUUUGCCGCCUGCCUGGAGCCCUACACGGCCUGCGACCUGGCACCCGCCACCCCUCCCGCCGGCACCACCAGCGCCGCCCACCUGGCUCCCCAGUCGCUGCCUCUGCUGGCCGGGACCCUGCUGCUGCUGCUGGGGGUGGCCGCUGCUCCCUGAACGCCCCACCCCGGAAUUCUCCUGCUCCCCACCUCCAGGGGUCGUGCCCUGGUCCCUGUCCCGAGCUGCCACUCCCACAGAACACACACAGGUGUCCUGCCGCUGGACCUUCACCUCCUAGAGAUAAACCAGCCUCAGCUGGUGCGGCGCUGCCCUUCUUCGCUCCGUAUCCCCUCCAGGGCGAAGCACAGGGAGCCCGGGAGCUGAGCCUGGAAUUUGCAGGACCAACCUCCCCCCCACCCCGCCCCCAGCUGCUCUCUGAUUCUUCCUCCCAACCCCAGAGACUGCAGAUUUGUGCCAUGCGGCUGCCAUCCAGCCCCCAGCCCGCCUCUAGCCUGAGGAGGACCAAGCAGGCAUGGAUCCAGAGAUGUCCUCCCACCCGGGACACGACACACUCAGACCGUGUGCCCCACCAUUCUUAGCUUCAGUUCUGGCAGCUAAGGACUUGAGUGCAUCAGGACACCUGGAGAAGAGCAGCUUCCCACCACCCUGCAAACCACCUUCUAACCCUGUAACCCACCCAAGGAGGCUCUGGGGUGGGGAUCCCCGGGGGGCCUUGACACAGUCCUCUGUUGUCUCCCCACUGGGAUCAUUCCACAACCCUGCACCUGACCAGGAGACCAAUGAGGCAGACGCUUGCCCCAAGUCGAGGCCACUCAGAUGUUCCCAGCCCCCCAUGCCGAUUCCAGUUAAGGAGAUCCAAGGAGCACUUGGGGAGCUCUGGGUGCAGGGCAGCAGCCCAGACCCAGAGCCCGUGGCCCCUCCCAGGACAUCUGAACUCUGGGCAUAGAUUUCUCAACAAGGAAGACUCCCCUGCCUCCUCAAGGCCUCCAUUCUCCUGGGAGACAAAGCAAUAAAUAAUAAAAGGAAGUGUUAGACAAUG